AUGAACGAAAAAGAAGUUGUGGCACUAACAGCGGAAAGUUGGGACGAAUGGACACCGGAUAUUGUGGUGGGCAUUGAUUUCGGGAUGACCUAUACUGGGGUUGCAUAUUCCUCUGCGCCAGAAUGGCUUCCUCCGAAAACCCUCCAACGCUGGCCAGGGAAGCUUCCGGGAGAACUGGCGAACAAAGUGCCAACCUGCAUCGAGUAUGACUCUGACUCUAAUUCAGUUAUAAACUGGGGGUUUCAAUGCGACCCUGAAGCCAAAGGCUCGAACUUCAAAGAAUUCUUCAAGUUGCAUCUCGCGCCUCAGUAUCAAGAUGAGUACCCCGGUGCCCCCAGUCGACAUGAAGCUCAGCGCUGGUUUCAAGACUAUGUUCAAUGCAUAUACCAACAUGUACUUUCCCAUUUUAACAACACAAUUCCUCAUUUUGCUUCGCGCAAUGUCGAGUUCCUUUUCAGUGUCCCCACAACCUGGAAGGAUGUUCGAAUGGUCGAGGAAACUCGAAGGCUUCUUGAGAGCGCAAUCAAUUCGAAGACUUCGAAUCAUCGUGCCUCUAUAGGUCUUACUGAAGCUGAAGCGGCUGCGGUCUAUGCUGGGAAUGAGCACUAUAAUGUGGAUGAUACUAUCCUGGACGUCAAUGUUCUUAAGCUCAUGUCAUCCCGAGGCGAGCCCACGCGGCUCGAGCAACUUGGUCAUGUCGAAGGGCAACCAAUUGGCUCGGUUUUCAUUGACAAACAAAUCCAUCAACUCAUUUGUGAAAGGCUAGAGAAAGUCAAAGAAAGCUUAAGUCUCUCGCCCAGUGAAGCAGCAUGGAAAAUGACCUCUGGUCGCUUUCAAAGAUUGAAAUGCGCGUUUGGCACCGAAGCCACGUUGACGCCGUGGCUGACGUUGGAUGUUCCCUCCUUGGAGCCCAAUUCAGGCUUCCCAGAAGCAGAGAUAUACAACGGACAAAUGCGUAUCGCAUGGGCCCUUGUCAAAGAGUGCUUUGACGUUAAGGCCCAAGAAAUUUGCAAUCUUUUGGAUGGGCAUAUUCGCCAGAUGCAUGCUAAGUAUCCUGGUGACCAAAUAACAUAUCUUAUCCUGUCGGGGGGAUUCGGCAGCUCCCCGUAUGUGCGAAAAUAUCUUCUAGAAAGAUACAGUGAGCCCAGUGCGCCUGUACAUCCUAAUGCAGAGGGCAUGCAGAUUCUACUUGCAGAUGAGCCACAGCUUGUGGUUGUACACGGCUUGGUCAUAGAUCGGAUACAGCAAAUCAAGCGUGGAGUCGUCACUUUUGGAUCGAGAUGCUCACCCGUGAGCUACGGCAUUAUAUGUGACAAGAUAUACGACCCAGAGACCCACGUUGGAGAACGAGUCCGGCUUGAUCCACGAGAUAAGAAGACCUUCGCUGUUGACCAAGUUGACUGGCUGGUCAUUCAGGGAAAUUCCAUUCCAUACACGGGCAUUACAAAGGAAUUCCAAUUGAAAAUGGACCCCGGCCAUGAAACUGGGCCUUGGGAGGUGCAGAUCGUCAUGUCAACUCUUACACCAGAAAAGCUUCCUAGUAGUAUUAGUCAAAGUGGCGUUCAUCUGGUCUGCAGCCUUGACAUUGCAACCGAAAGUGUGGAUAAGAAAUUGAAAAAUCGGCACUGGUACAAUAUGAAGCCAGCUUUCUGGAGAACUACAUUUGAUGUGAAGGUGGUGGUUGGGCCAGCUGAUCUUUCAUUUCAGCUGUGGUCUAAGGAUAGGAGGAUCCGAAGUAAAAAGCAUGAUCCUAUUGCAGUGAAAUGGAUGCCUGCUGAAUAG